AUGGGCGAAGUCACAUCUACAUACAACAUCCUGGUCGUCCUGGCCGUCACGCUGGGCAGCUUCAGCUACGGCUACUGUGCGUCCAUCAUGGCCAACAUCUUUAGCCACGUCGAGUUCUACGAAUACUUGGACCUCGCUCUCGAAGGACCCGGCGUGUCUCACACAAACAGUCUUGUCGCGGCAUUCAGCGCCUUGCUGUACGUGGGAGGCGUCAUCGGGUGUUGCCUCUAUCCACUUUCUUCCUCGAGAUUCGGUCGACGCAUUCCGCUAGGCGUGGGAUCUGUCUUUGUCAUCGUGGGGGGAGCAUUGCAAGCUGGCGCGGUACACAACGCCAUGAUGUGUGUGGCGCGCAUCGUCACUGGUAUCGGAAUCGGCCACUUCCUCCCUGGCUGCCCACUGUACCAAGCCGAAGUCGCCCCUGCACAUAACAGAGGCUUUCUUGUAGGACUCCACGCGGGGAUCGUGGGGGCAGGCUUUACUGUCGCACAAUGGAUCGGCGUGGCAUUCUUCCAUGUGAACGGCCAGGCUGGCUGGCGCGUGCCGCUCGCCAUCCAGUGUGCCUCUCCUCUGGCUUUGCUAUGCAUCAUACCUCUCCUCCCGGAGAGCCCCCGUUGGCUAUACCUGAACGGCCAUGUCAAGGAGGCAGAGCAGACUCUGGUACGACUUCAUCAGGACAAAUCCGACCCCUCCCAUUCGUAUGCACACCGCGAGUUUCAGAACAUCAAGGCACAGCUCGACCUCGAAGCAGAGCGCAAGCGGACCGUCUGGGAAGGUCUCAAGGAUCCCCACAUGCGCAAGCGCUUCAUUUUUGGGUUCUUGGUCAACACGGCGUCGCAGUCCAGCGGUUCUAUUGUGAUUCUGACAUACUCGUCCGUCAUAUAUGGUGGAUUGGGCUUCAGCCCGUUCCUUCAAGGCAUCCUCGCUGGUGUCUGGACGCUCCUCUUGAUGAUCUUCAACCUAUUUGGUGGCAUACUCACCGACAAGAUUGGCCGCGUUCACCAGCUUGUGUAUGGACUUUUGGGCUGCUUAUUCUGCCUUGUCAUGUCGGUCAUUUUGAGUGCGUUAUACUCCGGCUCAGACAAUGACUCUGCGAAUUCCGCAGCCACCUUCUUCAUCUUCCUCUUUGUGUGCUUUUUCGCGGCAGGGGUUGAAUGUCCGUCGUUUGUGUACUCGGCUGAAAUUUUCCCUGCCGCGUGGAGAGCAUCGGGGGUGGGUGUCUCGCUGUCCGCCGUCCAGAUCUGGUCGGCGAUCCUGAAUGGCGCUGCUGCAAUAGCCUUUGAGAACAUAAAAUGGAAAUUCUACCUCGUCUUCAUCUGCUUCACCACCGUGAUGGCACUGGUCGUCCAGUUCUUCUUCCCAGAGACCAAAGGACUCACGUUAGAGCAGAUCAGCAAGGCCUUUGGAGAUGUGGUGGUCGAAGAGCUGGCACCUCUUGCCGACGAUGCUUCUCUCGAGAAAGCCUCGAAGCAAGAACCGGUAUUUUCGGAGCACGAAGUGAUCAACGCGGAUCCCAAAACAAACACUCUAUCCUAG